AUGGACGAGUCCGGUUCGUCCAGCAAUGAUCACGGUCACCAUCCGGUCGGUGGUGAUGAUGGUGCCUAUGCCUACAAGAACGAAAUAUCCCUCUCGAUUGGGGACGACGAUCAGAACUCGCGUACGAACAGCACCGCCGUGCCAACGCCCUCGCCGCGUCACAUCGAGCUCCCGAUCGGGACCAGCCCGGACGGGGAAACGAACGAGUACGCCGCGCUAAACCGUAGCGCCGGGUCCGGCGGAUCACCCAGUGGCAGCAGUGCCGGUCGCAAAUCGAACGGUCUGGACAAUCCGGGCUUCGAGCUGGAGCACGACAACAAACGGCCGCUCAGCUCGUUCGGUCAUACGGCGGGCAAGGACGAGAAGUCUCUCGGCGUGGUGUCGGUCAAUGGCAAGACGGUCGGCGAGAAACCGCUCGCCGAGGCCGUUAACCUGGAGCUGCUUAACAUGUCCUCGAAGCCUGCGACGAACGGGCACCAUCAGAACGGGACGAACGGGGCCGGUGCGCUACCGGUCAAGAAGGACACCGAGGUGGAUCUGGGCGAUCCGUACGAUGAGUACUUUGUGCCGGUGAACGAACACCGGAAGUUCAUGAGUGUCUCCUUCCAAAAGUCACGCCACGGUCCGGUUGGUCAUCCCGUGUACGGACGUCAUGGCCGCGGUGUCGACUACACCGGGCACUCGGUUAAUGAGCCCGCCCCCGGAACGAUGGACUAUAAACAGUGGACCAAAAUCACGAGGGGUGAAAAGCUGUACGUCACCAAGGAUAAGCGAGAGAAGAAGCGCAAGAAUUGGCCGUUCUGGUUGCUCGGUCUGGCGGUACUGCUGGCCGUGAUCGUAGUGGCCAUCCUCGCUGGAUCCGGUGUCAUCUUCAACGACAGUCCUACUCCAGUUGAGUCGCGUCAGUUCGGUGACAAGGUGGCUACGGCCGGCGUAUUCGGAGGUGGUAAAGCACGCCCGGGUAAUGCCAGCAGUAGCACCGCAUCGACGACGAGUACCAGCAGCGAAUAUCCAACGACACCGUCGCCACCAAGCUCAACCGUACCACCGGUACCACCGGCCACCGAGGAGAACACCGUGUACGUACCGAACACACUCGAGGGACAGAUCACGCUGGCGAACGUCGAGUUCUUGGAAGACUAUCGCAAUCCGAACAGUUCCGCCUACAAAACGCUGGCGCUGGAGCUGGAGGAAGAGCUGAAAGACACGCUCAGCACGCCGGACGCACGCGGACCUAUCUAUGUCAAGAUUCUAAACAUGAAGCCUGGUUCCGUGGUGGUGGAUUACCGUGUCAGCUGGGAACCGAACACGAUGGAACUGUCCGAGGACACGAUGAAGCACCGGUUGAAUAGCUUCUUGCAGCAGAACGGAAACUAUCUGUCCACCUACAUCGUGCCAAACAAUUCGAUCCGCGUUGCCCGGUUGCCGGAUGUUUGCGUCAUGCGAAGCUCUGGAAAGAACUGCGAGUAUGGUUGCGUAUUUGAUCCGAAGGUUGGCGAUUUUAUGUGCACCUGUCCGAAAGGCAUGUUGUUGAAUGAUGAGGAUGGCCGCACGUGCUAUACCCCUGUGCCUGCGUUUAAUAGCGGUGAGCUGGAACCAAAGAGCGAACCCGAGCCUGCGAGUGAGCCGGAACCGGCUAGUGAACCAGAGCCUAACAGUGAGCCCGAACCUGCCAGUGAACCAGAGCCUGAACCUGCGAGUGAACCAGAGCCAGAACCUGCGAGUGCACCUGAACCCACUAGUGAACCGGAGCCUUCAAGCGAACCGGAACCAUCAAGUGAGCCAGAGCCUGCAAGUGAGCCGGAACCUUCAAGUGAGCCAGAGCCUGCAAGUGAGCCAGAGCCUGCAAGUGAGCCGGAACCUUCAAGUGAACCAGAACCUGCAAGUGAACCAGAACCUGCAAGUGAACCUGAGCCAACGAGUGAACCGGAACCUGCGAGUGAACCAGAACCUGCGAGUGAACCCGAACCGUCUAGUGAACCGGAAGCUGAUAGCAAACCGAAACCGGAGCCGGAACCUAAAAGUGAACCGGAACCAACGAGUGAACCCGAGCCAGAAUCGAGUAGCUCAAAUACCUUCACGAAAGCAUCAUCUAACGAUCAUUCCGCCAAGCUGAUCAUCUCUACUGAGGCCUCUACCACGGAGUCCGAACCCAAAAGUGAACCGGAACCUACGUCAGAACCGGAACCUUCGAGUGAACCGGAACCGACUAGUGAGCCCGAACCAGCGGUAGAACCGGAACCAAGUAGUGAACCGGAACCUACGAGUGAACCUGAACCUACGAGUGAACCUGAACCUACGAGUGAACCUGAACCUGCUAGUGAACCUGAACCUGCUAGUGAACCCGAACCUUCAUCGAGCAGCGACACCGAGGAGAAAUCGACCGCUUCCGAUAAGCUGCUAAGGCAAACGGUUCAAUCCACUACGGAGCGUGACACAGCCUCUUACACGAUCAGCACAACGAUCCAAGCUUCCUCCACAUCGCCAUCCUCUACUACGGAUGAUUCUCAGCUACCCGACUUUAUGUUCGUGGAUAACGAAUCGAUGCAGAAGCAUGCGAGCACGAUCGAAAGCACAACACCGAACGUCGUGGUAGUGUCGGUAACAAAACCAUCCGAGGAUCCACCCGCACCGGUCACUGAAACGAUCGUAGACGACACACCAAUGCCGUCCACGUCGAGUUUCUUCGUAACGCCAAAACCAACGGCCGCUUCCACACCGAAAGGCGCGACGACGGUGAACGGAUUCGAGGGUCGUUCGUUGUCCACGAACGAUACAGCGGAAAACACGGUGUACGCCACCUCCAGCCCAAUUUCACUCGAGCAAUGGCGUUCCUCGACUAGCUUUGCUACCUCGACGGAAGCUUUUGGGCGUGACGCAGAGCGACAAGAUGAAACGAACCCAUUCCUUCCGUCGGUUGAAACUUCCAGCACUCGAAACGCUGCAGCAUCGUACGCCGUAACGGAAACCGUAGUUGAGGCCGAAACCAGUGCACCCAUCCUAGCCGCGCACAAUGAGUCACCGUUCCUGCCGGAGACGGAAAACAACGCAAGCUUGGUGAAGAUAUUGCACGAGGGUCUGGAUCGGCACGAGGCGUAUGAGGUUGAAACGCAACCACAGUUUUUGGACGUGGUGCCGUUGACGAAGGAAAGCGACAGGAAUGAAUAUAAGAAGCAGUUGAACUCGCACGUCACGGAAACGAUCUACAUCACGACGACCAUCCGCAGCCCGGUGCCGGUGACUACGGAAUCCCUGGAGGAGUUGCUGUCGGUGGCGAGCUCGAGAAACAUUGUCGAACAGACUACGAGUAGUGGAGAGGAGAUGGUCACUAGUACGGAGCGUGAAAUGGAAGAGCCCACCACCAUGAUGGAGCAGACCAAGGAAGCUCUAAAGGAACAGAGUUCCACUACUGAACGUUCGAAUGAGAAUUCUACGACUUCACGGGCCGUCUCGGGCGGUGAGUCUUCAUCGACGACGGAACAGAUGGUUAGAAGUGUGACGGAAGGCGUCGCGCUGCAUGACAGUACCGAGAUGAUCCAAACGACCACAAGCGAUGAAGAGGAAUCGCUUGCCACGACAACGCUUGAAGUGGAGAGAGCUACAUUGCUGGAGAACGCCGAUUCAACUUCAAGAGCUCAGAAUCGAACCGAUGAAACCACCACACCCGGAAGCAGUUCAACGACAUCGACCACGACAACGACUACGUCCUCGUCGACAACUCCAAGCACUACGACGACCUCCACUAGCACGUCAACUCUACCACCCGUAGUGACAGAGGCACUGGAACGCAUUACAGCAAUCGAGAAAGAUCUGAUCAGUCUCAAGGAGAACGAUCUUGCGGACGACAACAAUAUACUCGAUAACGAUCUUCGCGUUAUACCGCUCAAUUGGAAGAAAGACUCGUCAACCACAGUAGGCAUAGCAUCCGGGUCCGGUUCUGGUUCUACCGUCGAACCCAACAAUCCAGCCACCCUCAUCCCAACCACGACGACCGGUCAUUUUUUAGACGAAACGACGUUUCAUUUGAUUAGAUCAGAGCGAUCAAAUGAAACGUCGUUAAUCGGAAAUCGCUUUUCUGAGGAAGACGAAACACGUCCCGGGCCGGUAGCCUCGAUCACCACCACGAGCACCGGGGACAAUGAAAUGGAUACGUUACUGGAGCGUGCUGCAUCUGCCGCCAGCUCCAUGUUCACCAAAUGCGCCGUUGGACAGUUCGAGUGCAUCAACGGCACCUCGAUCAAGGACGGAAGUUCAUGCAUUCAGAAGUCGGAGCGAUGCGAUUCCGUGUCCCACUGCUCGGACAACUCGGACGAGCAGGAUUGCGAGCGGCUCGGCUGCCCGGGACACUUCCAGUGUCUGGACGGUGUGUGUCUUGCGCGGCAGCACGUAUGCGACGGUAUUGCCCACUGUCACGAUGGUUCGGACGAGCAGAACUGUGGCGAGUGGAGGUGCAACUUUGACGAGCUCUCCUGUAAUCCGGCCACCGGCAAUGGCCCGUGUCUGCCGGCGCUGUGGAAGUGUGACGGACUGGAGCAGUGUGCCAACGGGUUCGAUGAAAGCAACUGCCCGGACACGUGCACAAACGAUGAGUACUUCUGUGCCGGUCAGCGUAAGUGCAUCCCGGAAGCGUGGCGCUGUGACGGGUCCGUCGACUGUAGCGAUGGUGAAGAUGAGAGGCUGUGUGAUUGUCCGCUGGACAGCUUCAAGUGCAAUACCGGUGGCUGCGUGCAAGGGGCGUACGUAUGCGACGGACAUCCGCAAUGUCCGGACCAGUCGGACGAAUGGCACUGUUACCAGCUGGACCGGGACGAUGGAACGUUGCGCGUGAAGCGCAACUCCUCGGACGCGCUUGCCGUUUGUGGGGAUGGAUGGAACGGUGUGCUUGCGGAUCAGGUGUGUGCUGAGCUGGGAUUCGCCGGAGCUAGCAAGAUACUGUUCGGCAAAGUGGCCACAGGCAAUAGCUCCCUGGUGGACAGUAUGUACCGGGUGACAGAGAAGAACCGGCUGGAGUUUGAACCGAUCCACUCGAUGGAGUGCAACCAGGGUUUGAAGCUUUACUGUGAAGAAUACCGCUGUGGUCGUGAGAGUAUUCAGCCGACGUUGGAACAACGGAUCGCAGGUGGAGUAACGUCAGACCCUAACCAAUGGCCCAGUUUGGCGUUGGCCUUCAGUAACAAUGCUGCCAUUAAGUGCACGGCCAACAUUGUUUCUCCCCGAUGGGCACUGGCCAGCUACACCUGCAUCAUGGGCAAGACAGAGUUUGUCAACAAUCGUAACGUGGGUGACAUGAGCUGGAAACUCUUUGCCGGAAGUGCUCAGUUUAAUGCCUCGCUCGAAGAUGCCACACACCGCCCGGCGAACGCUUCGUACCAGAUCGUGGAUGUGAAGCGUGUUGUGCCGUAUCCGCAGUCGAAGUACAAACAGUUCAUGUACACCGGUGACUUAGCCCUGCUGGAACUGUCCACUCCGCUGAAGUUGAACGAAAUGGUGGGUAGCGUUUGUUUGGCCGAAAGAGCCAACAUUGACUCGGAGCAACUCUGCCUAACGGCCGGCUGGGGUUCAGAUCUCGAAAAUACGGCCACGACGGAACAGUAUCUCAAGUAUCUGCCCGUACCGACGGUAUCAACGGAACAAUGCAACUCCUCGAUGCACUACAAUGGUUCCCUGCCCGAAAAUGCCAUCUGUGCCGGGUAUCUAAACAGCAACAAAACGACAUGCUACAAUGAUGAGGGUGCGCCACUGAUGUGCUACCUGGACGGUUCUGGUCAGUGGCAGCUGGAAGGCAUUCUCAGCUAUCACGGGAACUGUGGCAAACGACCACAUCCGGCCAUCUACAAUUCGAUUACCUCAAACAUUUCCACCUGGAUUCGGAACACCGUUGGGAAUGAUCUAAUGUUCGAAAGGGUUACCUCCUCGGUGACGGUUGGGGCGGGUGUAGCAUCAAGUACUACCGGUGUCACAGCCGAUGUUGCCGGCACAAUUUCCUCGACAGUCUACGCCACUACUACAGCAGCGACGGUAACAUCCGGUCGACCGGUCGAAGAUGUAGCUAUCGCAAGCAGUACCGCUGCUGCAUCGACAUCCGCUUCCAACGAUCGGUAAUCGGUACCGGUUUACUACUACCACAACGCUUCUCAUCAAUAGUAGUAGUAGUAGUAGUAGCAGUAGUAGUAGUAGUAGUCGUAAUAGUAAUUAGCGUACUCUUCUGAGCACGUGUUGUACAUAAUAUCUACCAGUUAAAUAGAGCGGGAGGGAACUUAUUAAUGUUGGGGAAAAUCUGGCAAAAUCACUUACCAGAAUGGAAAUCGAAGCAGGCAAAAGUCUUCGCGGGAGGGAGGUGAACUGAUAUAGGAUAGCAGGAACGCAAGAAGUACGCUAAAAACAUACUAUGCAGAAGAGGAAGCAGUCUAAAGCCUAGUCACAAAAGUCGAUUAUUUUGUGCCAAUACAAUUUGAAACGCUGCAUACAAACCUAAAAUGCAAAACAUAUCAGGAGAAACAAAAAGCAAAAAGCAUGAGAAAUUUGUACAGUGAAUUCCAUUCUUUAGCAAAGCUGCGCUUACACAACUAACCGUUCUACCACCAUAGGGAUACCGAUAGAUGGCAACAGCGGAGUAGAGAUCAUGAUUAGAACAUAAUAUUCCUUACACACCGUUUCAGAACUAGACCAUGAGAAAAGCUAUAGCAAUAAGAUUGAAGGGUGUAAUGAAGUAAUCGAGCUGAUCGUAAACAUCACACACUGGAGGGAAAGUUUUCUUACACACGGAAAACACCACAUUCUAAUUGCGUACGAUCACAUUUUAAGGUGGUAAGAGUGAAGGUUACUAAUACGUGUAAAAAGCAAAUAUGAUUAUAAUGUAAUAUUUUCUUAUCAUUUUGGUUCACGCACUUGUAAAGAAAGCACAGCAUCAUAAUACACGUGAGGAUCGCGCUGGUGGUAGUCGUUACUGUUACGUUAAAAAAAAACAACAAGCAAUAUUCGCAAUUCGUGUACUUUGUCGUAUAUUUUCUUUUAAUUCGUUUGUAACAACCAACCAACCACUGUGAAGAACGCAGGAACGGAACUCAACCAGGCAGCUCUUCACAGAACAAGAAUUGUGCAGUUUGUAAUGAAGAAAGCAAUAAACAAUUUAUAUCU